GGAGAAGUCUCAACAAGGCUUACUUCGCAGGUUUUUUGAAUGAAAACGAAGAACAACUUGAAGAGUUUAGUGCUAGGGUUUUCCAAAAUUUCCUCAAACGACGACAAUAUUUAAAGCUCGGGCCUUGAAUCCAGAUACCUCUUUCGCCUUCCGAGUUCUAUGACGAAUUUAAACGAAGAUCCGUGGAAGUGGUAGGGCUGCGGGGUUGAGUUCAAUGUCCGCCCGUGUUUUGAAUUUCUAAGGACUAUCAUCCCACUGUGGGAUCCUUGAUGGAGGAGACAAGUGGAUUGACCAGACAUAAUGGAGAUGACAGUACUGAAGUUCAUGUGAAUAUAGGUGGUGAUUGUCCUGAUGCAGGUACAGAAAUUCCAGACCGAUUUACAGCUGCUGACGGGUGUACGAAGAACAAGAAUGGUGUUGAAGAAACAUGUGCAGACAGGCCUCAUGAAGACGAUACAGUUUCGGGUACAUACUCUCAAGAUCAAUGUGUAACUGCUAAAAGGUGUAAAAGGAGCAAGGAUGGUGUUCAAGAAGUAAAUGAAGAUAGGCCUGAUGGUGAUGAUUCACAUGCAGGUGCAGACAGCCCUGAUCGAUGUUUAGCUGCUAAGAGGCGCAAAACAAGCAAGAGUAGUGUUAAAGAAGCAAGUACAAGUGGGCCUCACCAUGGUAAUUUGAAUGAUGAAACCAAAAAUGGCAGUGAUUAUAGUAUUGCACCAGAUACGUUAAGCAACAUUGAUAAGUAUCGUUAUAGACCUCUUGAUUCAAGAGAUAAGUUGGUUGUUUCUACAAAAGAGCAUUGUUUCUUGAAUUCUCGAAACGCAGGUGGUCAGGUUUCUUUGGAUUUGGAAAAUUUGUUGGGGGAAAAAGAAAAACUUUGUGUAAAGUGUGGAGGAAGUGGUCAGCUAUUGAUUUGUAGUAAGUGCCCAGUAGUUGUUCAUCAGAGUUGCUUGGGAUAUGAAGCUAGCUUUGAAAAUAUGGGGAACUUCUGUUGCCCCCAUUGCUCAUAUAGAUGUCUAGAUGCUGAAUAUAAGAGCGCAAAGAAAAAGUUGGAAUCUGCAAUAAAUGCUCUAUCUAUAUUUUACGGUAUAAAUGUGGCAGAAAGAGUACCUGGAUGUCAGAGGCAAGUAGACCCACCUAUUGCCAGUAGAGAAGAGGAGGCAAUUGGUCAUGCAAUUCAUAUUUCCCCGAUCAAAGGAAAAGAUGUCCCAUCAAAUAUAUUUGACAAGAGCCAAUGCAAAAGUGGGGAAGAACAUAUGCAAGCGCAAUGUGGCAUUGCACAUGAAAGCAAUGUAGCCCGAACCAUUGGAGAACUUACACACCAUGUCAGCCAUCAAGAAAGCAUGGAAAGUCAGCAGCAAAAAGAGGCAUCAAUUGCUAACAGGGGCGAUGAUUUACUUGGCAGAGACAAUUCAACUGUAUACCAUGAAACAUGUGAAGUUUCCUUGUCCAAAAGACGAAGUUACAACCAAAAUGUGUUUCAAGAGCAGACAUCCAUAAGAGAGGCUGAAGAUGAAAUGGUCACAAAAGCAACGAAUGGGUUAGAAACAAAUAGCUCACCUAGCAGAGAUGCUGCAUCAAUCACUCAAAGGCUUGUGGAAGAAAGAAAUCAGGAAAAAACUGUUCUACCACAGGUUGUUAAACCAUCACAGGCUUCAGUUAUUGAACUAAAUACCAGUGGAGAGAAAAAUACUGGAGACGAGAACAAAGGGGGCGUUGGCUUGGAAAAGCCAAUCAAACCCCAAGGGGCAACUAUACGGUCAAACCCAACAUCUCCAAAUUUGCGGCGUAGGAAACGGCUUUGGACAGCUGAAGAGGAGGAAAUGCUAAAGGAGGGAGUGCAGAAGUUUUCUGGUGUAGUUGCAAAAAAUCUCCCAUGGAGGAAGAUUUUGGAGCAUGGUCGUCAUGUGUUUGAUGAAUCUCGCGCCCCAGCCGAGCUCAAGGAUAAAUGGAGGAAAAUGUUGGCUAAAGAAGGUGCUGAAGAAGGACCGAAGUAAUUUCAGUUUCCUAUUUUGAGCGGAAGGAGAUGUUAAAUGGACCAGGGAUGGGGUGUUCUUUGAUGGAAAACAAAGUUUAUUCCCAUGAUUUUGUUGGACCAUUUUGGACUUCCCUGGAUGAGAUAUGGAGUUAUAUUAUAUAGAAUUGAUUGUAUGUUCUAAUCUCUUGAAUGAAUACCAAAAGCUAAUAUCUAUUGAGCCUUGAA